AUGCCAGGACCAUCAUCAUUGUUGCUACAAAAUGCUACUAUCCUCGUGCCAAAGGGCGCUGGUGAUGACCACGUCAUCCCUCUUCAGAAGCAUUCACUUCUAGUCGAGGGAAACAAAAUCACUCGCAUAGCUCCUCACAUUGAUCCACCGUCGUCGUUGACGGAAGUAAUUGACUGCACCUCGAAGGUCAUCAGCCCUGGCUUUGUCGAUACGCAUCACCAUGUUUGGCAGACGCAGUUGAAAGGCAGGCACUCCGACCAUACCCUGCUGAAAUACUUUGCUCCAGGUAACAUGGCGGCUCAUAGCUACGGGCCUGAGGAUGUUUUCUGGGGUGAACUGGGAGGGUGCCUCGAAAUGCUACAUGCCGGAACCACGACAGUUGUAGAUCACGCUCAUGUAGCCCAUACGUCAGAGCAUAUUACCGCCGCUCUGGCUGCGACUGUCUCGUCGGGGAUUCGAUCAAUUUUCUGCUACGGUCCCAUUGCAAGGAUCAAGACUUGGAAACCUACGCUCCAAGUUGAGCAGCCACUGCUCCCAGAUUGGUUUUUUGAGCAGAUUCGAAGUCUUUGCGAAUCCGAGCCCUUCGGCGAUGGCCGUGUGACCAUGGGCCUUGCUUUCAACUCCUUUCAUCUGCCGAAAGACGAAGUCAUUGACCUGUUCAAGGAGGUUCGUAGAUUGGGCAUCAAGACGAUCACGUCACACUACGUGCCCAGCAUGUUCCCUGGAAAUUCAACCGUGGACUUGCUUGAGAGGUAUGGACUUCUUGGACCAGAUAUCCUCUUGUCGCACGCCACCGGGUUGAGCGCCACCGAUGCAGAGAAACUCCGAAAAGUCGACGGCGCCCUCUCUUCCACGCCAGAUACGGAGCUUCAGAUGGGUCACGGCUGGCCCGUUUGCUUCCAAGGCAACGUUAACAGCAUUAGCUCCUUGGGAGUAGACUGCCACAGUAACAGUGCAGGCGGCAUUGUCGCUCAAAUGCGCGUGGGCCUCCAGGCAGAACGUGCGCGACGCAACAACAAGACAUUAGAAUCAGGCAAGACGCCGGGUAAGAUCAGCCUCUCCGCACAGGACGCAUUCCAGCUGGCUACUAUCAAGGGCGCCAAGGCUAUCAAAAUGGCCGACAGGCUUGGAUCUCUGGAAGAGGGGAAAACUGCCGAUAUCGUCGUGUUCGACACAUUGGGCCCCGGCAUGAUCUGUGCAGCCGAAGAAGAUCCUAUUGGGGCCAUUAUCUUCCAUUCUUCAUCUGCCGACAUUGACGCCGUGAUUGUGGACGGCCAGGUCCGGAAGCGACAUGGUCGACUCCUCACCACCCAGCUCGACGUAACGUUGGCUCCCAAUCUCAAGCCAAAGAAACAUGAAGUGGUAUGGCGAGAUGUGGCUGUCGAACUUCUCAAAAGUCGCGAGAGAACCCUUGACGCCGAGAAGACCAGUGGAGCUGACGAUCGAGAGGCGGCAUUCGAGCACGUACUGAAGCUCUUUGGCAAGACGAAGGAAGAUCUAGAUCUAUAG